AAUUACAGUCCCAGGCUCCCAGCUCCUCUCUUUUCUCCCUCUUUCUUGCGCCGUUGGCCACCCUCAACCCAACCUCUCCUCCGCCUCCGCCUCCGCCUCCAAAAUCCCAUAAAACGAUGCGUUUUUCCAAGGUCAGCGAGUAAUAAAAAAAUGCACCGUUAAAAAGCCCCCCUAGGGAGAGAAAUCCAUGAGAAAAUGCAUGCAUCAACGACAACAAUCAACAGAGCAGCCAUUUUCCACCGCCUGCGCACUUUAGCUUCAUCAGUUAAUCCUCUUGGUUCUGAUCGCCAUGUUCAGGUUCAUGGAAUCAUCCUCCUCUCACUGAGUUAAUUCGGUUUUAUAUUUUAUUUGUUUUCUUAAAUUUGAGCUAUUAAUUUUGGUUAAUCACGCAUUUAAAUUCUGUAAUCGAGUUCAUAAUUCCUUAUCUAGGGCUAGAAAUUAUAGGAAAAAUCAUAUUUUUAAAAAAUGUCGUUUAUAACUGUAAUGCAAAAAAUAAUAAUUAAAGGGUUAGGGUAGUAGCUCAGUGAGUGUAUUUUACAGUAUAGAUAGGUUUUAGAAGCAUAAGCUUUCAGCCAAGCAUUCAUAAGAAGCAGUUCUGCCGUUCUCUGUUUCGCUCUUCUCCUGCGGCCCUCACCUUUUAUGCCUCUUUCCUUACACGAUCAGACUAGUUGAGGAAAAGAAAAAGAAAGAAAAAGAUUAAGAUAUUAGCAUUGGGAAGUUUUCUUUGCUGAUCCCUAGAUGAAUUAUUAAAAGAUUAUAUAUAACCAGAACUGAUUGGAUUAAACCUUCCCAAUCUAGGGUUAAAAACCAUGUCACAAGUCCUCCACAUUGCCCGUGAAUGAUGAUCCAUCACAAUACCUAACCUUAAUUCUGUUCCUGUUGCAGAAGUCUUCAUGUUGAGGUUUUUGACAACUGGAAAUAUAAAAAAAGUUACGGUGUUGAUUUUUGGUAAACAGAAAAGUAGUGAUCAAUUAUUGGAAGUAAAAGAGCAUGGGACAGUAGUUUCAGUUUGUUUGCAUUUGCCGCAAUUUAGAAAUUACUCGCAGUAUAGCUUUCCAAGUAGAGAGUAUUCGUCAUUUGCAUUGUGCAAUAUUAAAGAGCAGUUUGGCCGUAGGUGUUUUACAAGGAAUUAUUCAUUUACAAGUGAUGCGGUGACACACAAUGCCCAGCUUGCCUGGAAAAGGCUAUUUAGGAAAGGUUCUGCUAGUGGCUGGAGUUUUCCUCGGAUAAGUAGGAUAGCUCAAGCAGUUAGCUUGGCUUUGACGCGGUCUCAGUUGGUGGUCCCAAGUGCUUUAGUGUUGACAUGUGGGCAGGUGGCAUGGGCACAAAGAACAUUGGUGGAACCGGAUUAUUAUCCUGGUUCUUUGUAUAUGCGUGCACAAGAUGGGCAUGCUUAUGUGACGUCGUUAGUAUCUGCUAUUGUAGAAGCAUUUGUGUUGUUAGUGAGAGCUAUAUAUUUAGCAAUUUUGUUCUCACCCAGCUUGUUGAUGGCUCCAUUUGCUGAUUCUUGUGGGCCAGAGUUUAGGAAAAUGUGGCUUCAUGUUGUUCAUCGGACACUGGAGAAAGCAGGUCCAGCAUUUAUAAAAUGGGGUCAAUGGGCAGCUACCCGACCGGAUCUAUUUCCUAGAGACUUAUGCACCAAGCUUUCAGAGCUACAUUCUAAAGCUCCUGAACAUAGUUUUGCGUACACGAAGAAAACUAUUGAAAGAGCAUUUGGUCGCAAACUUUCUGAAAUUUUUGAGGGUUUUGAAGAGGUUCCUGUAGCAUCUGGAAGUAUUGCUCAAGUGCAUCGGGCCUCUUUGAAAUGUCACUACCCUGGGAAAAAACAGACAAAGCCUACGGUGGUUGCUGUAAAGGUUAGACAUCCUGGUGUUGGUGAAUCAAUUAGAAGAGACUUUAUGAUAAUAAACUUGGUUGCAAAGAUAUCAACAUUUCUUCCAGCUUUGAAUUGGUUGAGACUUGACGAGAGUGUGCAACAGUUCGCUGUUUUCAUGAUGUCUCAAGUUGACCUUGCAAGGGAAGCUGCACAUUUAAGCCGCUUUAUAUAUAACUUCCGAAGGUGGAAGGAUGUUUCUUUUCCGAAGCCUGUUUAUCCACUUGUGCAUCCUGCUGUUUUGGUGGAAUCGUAUGAGCAAGGAGAAAGUGUCUCGCAUUAUGUAGAUGACCUUGAAGGGCAUAAUUGGAUUAAAACUGCACUUGCGCACAUCGGGACUCAUGCACUUCUCAAAAUGCUUCUGGUGGACAACUUUAUUCAUGCAGACAUGCAUCCUGGAAAUAUCCUCGUCCGGGUUUCUCCGAACAGUUCUCGGAAACGGCUCUUUAAAUCAAAGCCUCAUGUUGUUUUCCUCGAUGUAGGCAUGACUGCUGAACUUUCUCAGGGUGAUCGUGUGAAUUUGAUUGAUUUUUUUAAAGCAAUUGCCCGCCGGGAUGGCCGCACUGCAGCAGAAUGCACACUAAGAUUGUCAAAGCGACAAAACUGCCCAAAUCCAAAGGCCUUUAUAGAGGAGGUGGAAGAGGCAUUCACAUUCUGGGGUACCGCUCAGGGUGAUCUAGUCCAUCCUGCAGAGUGCAUGCAGCAAUUACUUGAGAAAGUCAGGCGUCACAGAGUUAAUAUUGAUGGCAAUGUUUGCACUGUCAUGGUCACAACUUUGGUUCUUGAGGGAUGGCAGCGUAAGCUAGAUCCAGAAUACAAUGUGAUGCAGACAUUACAAACACUGCUUCUUCAAGCUGACUGGGCUAAGUCUCUUUCCUAUACAAUUGAUGGGUUGAUGGCCCCAUAAGCAGGUUUUUCUUUUCUUUUUUUGCGAUGCUGUUUCUAAAAUAACAAAUUUGACAGUCCAAGGACUCGGAAAUUAUUACAGUUUUAAGAAAUAACAAGAGUAGGCCAUUUGUUUUCCCUAGAAAUCUCCAGCAUUUCCGUUUUUUUCCAUGAAAUUUUGUCCUUUUGUAUUUAUUGUGCUGAAUUUAACAUAUCAUUUCCCCCAGCACACAAAAUGAUGAUGAGGACGGGGCAAGAAAGGAAUGUAAUAAAGACUUGACAUUCUAUUCUUUACUUUAGUUUUUCAUUUCAUUGUAAAUUUAGCCUUUUUUCCCUUCCCUCUUGAGGAACUAAAACAAAAAAGAAGUAAAUCAUUUUCAAUUCAA